AUGUAUCAACGUCUUAUUAGACGAUUGAUAUAUCGCACACACACUAGACCUGACAUCUCAUAAGCAAUUAGUCUCUUAAGUCAGUUCAUGCAUCAGCCAACGAAAUCCCAUCUUUAUGCUGCAUAUCAGGUGUUACACUACUUAAAGGGAACUCCUGGAAAAGACAUUCUCUUCAAACGUGGUGAUAAAUUAACAGUUGAGAUGUACACUGAUGCUAACUAUGCUGGUUCUCUUUUAGAUCGUCAGUCAACUUCAGGUCUUAUGAUGUUUAUGCGAGGAAAUUUGGUUACUUGGCGCAGUAAGAAACAUAAUGUGGUUGCUCGCUCAAGUCCAGAAGUAGAAUUCAGGGCACUUGUGCAUGAAAUAUGUGAACUACUUUGGGUGAAGAUUUUACUCACUAACCUAAAGAUCCCCAUUUCAUGUCCUAUGAAGCUCUAUUGUGACAAUAAAUCUGCAAUUAAUCUUGAGCACAAUCUCAUUCAACAUGGUCACACAAAGCAUAUGGAGAUAGACCGUCACUUUAUUAAGAAAAACUUGAAAUCUAAAGAAAUCUGUAUUCCCUACAUCUCCACUCAACAUCAACUAGCUGAUUUGCUGACAAAAGGUGUCUCUGCGACUCAACUAUAACAAGUGCUCUCCAAGUUGGGAAUGAAUGAUAUCUAUUCACCAGCUUGAGAGGGAGUGUUGAAAUACAGUGUAAAUACUGCGUUAGUAGUUGGGGUGAGGUGUAUCACGUGCUUCACUUAAAGAAGCACAUGAGCAUCACCUGCAUGUCUCGAGAUGUAGGGCUCUAUGUCUAGAACCUUCUCCCAUGGAUGUGUUAUAAAUAAAAAACCCAUGUUUUAAUGUAAAACAUCUUGAAUUCGUUUUCCUCAUAUGUUGUGAAUAGAAGUUCUUUUUCCUUCCACGAGGUCUGUCGUUCUUCAAGAAACAAACAAAUUAGAGGAAAUUCAACAGAUACUUCUGCAUUUGAUUUGAAAAUUUCAAAUGAUGUUUACAUCGAUCUUCAAAAAUGAUUCUCCAUGUAAACCUUUUUCAGUCGUUUAACUAUUGCAAUGGUCAUGGAAAACAAGUUCACGUUCCAAACAUGAACCCAUCACAAGCCGAGUUUGUUGCAAAUAAAUUGGAUAGAAAAAUGCGACCACUCUUAUAUUAAUUCUAUUCAGAGACAAAAGCAUAUUAUUGUAAGGACAUGAAAACCUUUUGA